AUGAUUGGUGACUUCAAUGAUAUUGCAGUGGCCUCAGAGCAGAGGGGCGGUACCUUCUCUCCUUCAAGGGCUACUGCCUUUGUAGAGGGUUAUGAAUCAUGCGGAAUGAUGGACCUGGGUUCGUUUGGUUUGACUUAUACUUGGUAUCGCCAUGCACAGGGCAGGCCACCUCUCCACCGCCGUCUAGACCGGGCCCUAGCUAAUGUUGAUUGGCGUUUGGGUUUCCCGAAUGGAUCGGUUGAGGUGCUCCCGAGGAUGCACUCCGAUCAUAGCCCUCUUUUGCUGCGGUGCUGUCCUCCACCGCCAGGGAUUGCUAACAAGCCUUUCCGGUUUGAAGCCGCGUGGAUGGAUCAUCCCCAGUACGCGACGGUUGUGAGUGGAGCGUGGGAGAAGGGAGGACCGAAUUUUGUUUCAUCCCUGGACUGUGUGCGUCAAGACUCCCUGCUCUUCAACCAGGAAGUAUUUGGAAAUAUCUUUAGGAGGAAACGGAGGAUUGCGGAUCAGAUUCGACGGGUUCAGGAGCGGUUGGAGACAGUGGACUCCGCCUAUCUCCAUCGGCGGUUGGGGGAACUACGGAAGGACCAAGAGGAGGUGCUAGCUCAUGAGGAGAUGCUCUGGUUCCAGAAAUCUCGAGAAAAAUGGGUCAGGUAUGGUGACCGCAACACAUCUUUCUUUCAUGCUCAAACAAUCAUCCGCCGGCGUCGUAAUCAUAUCCAGGGGCUGGAGUUGCCGGAUGGGUCUUGGUGCACGGACGGGGAAGUGCUUAGGGAGGAAGUGAGGAGGUUCUACUUAGAUCUCUUUGCUACCCGUGAGGAGGUGGAUAUCGCGUGUGCGCAUACUCCCUCGGUUACUAUGCUACCUCCACGGGCUUGUGCAACAUUGUCAGCGACGGUGGGGAGGGAGGAGGUCACCACAGCCAUUUACCAGAUGGGCUCCUUUAAAGCUCCGGGCCCAGAUGGGUUUCAAGCUUGUUUUUAUAAGCGGUAUUGGGAGGUAGUUGGGGAUUCAGUGUUUGAAUUUGUCGCUGAUGCUUUUCGGAAUGGGAACUUUGAUCCUCACAUUGCAGAGACCCUUAUUGUGCUCAUUCCCAAAGUGGAUAAUCCGAGGAGUUGCAAGGAACUUCGACCAGUGAGUCUUUGUAAUGUCAGUCACAAGCUGAUUACUAAGAUUUUGGUUAAUCGAAUCCGACCUUACUUGAGUAAUUUGAUUAGUCCUUUCCAGAGUAGUUUUAUCCCUGGGAGAGGCACUACGGAUAAUGCGAUUGUUCUUCAGGAGGUGGUCCACUUGAUGAUGAAGACACGCCGCCGGGUGGGGGACUUAAUCUUUAAACUGGACCUGGAGAAGGCCUAUGACCGUGUGGACUGGCGGUUCCUAGAGGACACCCUUCGAGUUUUUGGUUUUCCGGAGGAUUGCAUUCGGCUAAUUAUGUUCUGUGUGACUUCGGUUCAGCUUUCUGUUCUUUGGAAUGGGGAUAGGUUGCCUACCUUUAACCCUCGCCGGGGUCUUAGGCAAGGCGACCCGCUCUCUCCCUAUUUAUUUGUGUUAUGUAUGGAGCGCCUGAGUGCUAUGAUCUCUGCGGCGGUUAGUGAUGGAAGGUGGCUUCCGGUGACAGUGGCGGGGACUAAUUUUCAGCUAUCUCAUCUGAUGUUUGCAGAUGAUCUUCUGUUAUUCACGAGAGCUUCGGAGGAGCAAGUGGGAGUGAUGCGUGAUGUUCUCUACAAUUUUUGCAAAGCUUCAGGGAUGAGGGUGAGUGUGGCUAAAUCUCGAGUAAUGGGACACCGUAGCAUUCAGAGCGGGUUUAAGGAUCAGGUGACCGCUAUUACUGGAAUCAGUUUUACCCUUGAUAUUGGUAAGUAUUUAGGCUUCCCAAUCUUCAGUAAGAGAGCGACCAAUCGGGUUUGGACGAGCUUGGGGUUGCGCGUUUCGGUUGCUCACAUGGCUGUGGAGGACCCUAUGGCCUGGCUGCGUCAGUGUCUUCUCCGUGCGGAGUUUACGACGUUGGCUGCAGUCUGGGGAAUUUGGGUGGCAAGGAACAAGGUUGUCAUUGAGCAACAUGUGAUGACGGAGUGGGAGCUUGUGGCCUGGAUCAUGCAGUUGAAGACGACGUUUGAACGAGCGUGGGGUAAGCCUGCUUCGACAAGGCCAGCGAGAGAGGUGGCAUGGAUACCGCCAGGGGAGGAUGAGGUUGCUGUGAACUGUGAUGGCAGUCGCGGGGCGGCGCGGAACAGUAGCGGCUAUGGUGGGUGCUUGAGAGAUGCCUCUGGGAGGUGGCUUGGUGGCUUUAUGGGCUUCGGGAAGGAUGCUUCAGUGCUUGCAAUGGAGCUCCUGGCGAUUUUCCGAGGAUUGAGGUUGGCAUGGGAUCGUGGCUUUCGUCGCGUAGUCUGCUACUCUGAUUCGUUGCUCGCGGUCUCCUUGAUUCUCCGUCCGCCUUCGAUGUUCCAUGAGCAUGCCGGGCUGAUUAGUUCUAUCUGUGGCCUCCUGCGGCGAGAGUGGAGUGUCCGGGUUUUACAUACGUUGCGCGAGGGGAAUGCGUGUGCCGAUUGCUUGGCGAAAGCUGGUGCGGGGCAACUUCUUGAGUUUCUGGUCGUGGUUGACCCUCCUGCGGAGCUUCAGCAGCUUCUUUUGGCUGACGCUCUUGGGAUCUCGUUCCUAAGGCCUUAG